AUGUGGUUUCUUGCCAUUGUCGUCAGUAUUGUGUUAGUCACGUUAUUAUACUUUUGCUACGCAUACUACUUCAUCGAAGAGCGUUCGCCCUCAUCACCGCCAUUAUUACCAUCAACAAUUAUCAGGCAUCUUCGUCGUGAACGAUUAAGACAAUCUAUCGUGAUGAACUUAGCUAGACCCAGAGAGAAUGGAAAAUUCUACUUGGAUGGAUUUGAUGUUGGAUUAACACCCAAAAGUGUUAUCAAAUUGAAACGCUUAAUGAACAAUGAAUAUUUCUUAUUAAUGCAAUGGAAUGAAACUGAAGAUAUAGCAUAUAUAAUGUAUAAAGCAGGAACCAAAUAUUGCCCACAAUUGAUAAUAGCAUAUUUUGAAAGUAUUUUUGUAUGGAAAGAUGAUUAA